GCAGGAGCGCGAGCAGGCGCAGGAGUGGGAGCAGGAUAGCACAGAUAUGGGAGACACGAUGCCACUAACAAGAACUGUCGUUGGGGUCUGGGCAAGGUUCCUCGCCCAGCAGAAGGCGCAGAUGGGUGAAUUUCUCACACAACGGCAGGCGCAGAUAGAUAAAUUUUUCACACAACGGCAGGCGCAGAUAGACCAGACUUUUGUCCGCAUCGAUGCGCAGAUGCAAGAGAUGGAGGUUCGCAUCACAGAGCGGCUCGAGGGGCGUAUUGGAGACGAGAUACAGGACUGUGAACGGCAUGUCGGGGCUCUCGUCCGUGAUAACACCAUCACCCUCCGGCACGAGCUCGAGGAGGUUGUCGAGGAUUCUGUGGAGCGUAGCUUGGAUUUCGGGGAUAAUAGCUGGGAGGAUCUUAAGGAUGAGAUCAGACAGGCAUGCCUGGAUGAGCUGAAGGAUGAUCUAGAGGGCGGUCUUGUAACUAUUACUCUUCCCAGAUGAGACUCUUAUACUCAAGGUCAGUUGAGAUGGAUUACUAUAUUCUGAAGUGGGCACUUGAGGGCGUUCUCGCACCGGCAGAUACUUCUCUUGUCUACUGCCACAAAAAACAGUAUCUUCUAGAACUCUACAGCUAGGCUUUCAUACCCAAGAGGAUACUGUUAUGCACCU